GAUUCAAGAGUGCAGACUGCAUUUGUAUUUUGUUGUUUUUCUGUAGCAAUAGCUAACAGGUCUGUCAGUGACACUCUCUAAUCAAAUUGUUUUCCUUUUUUGUGAAGUAAAGUUAACUAUACGUCAUUUUAAAGUUCGCUUCAACUGUUUCGAACUGUCUUUAUUCUAUAAUAAAGAUCAUUAAGCAUUCAUCAUGUUUGAAAGUGGACCCAACUACAGUAAACUAAAAACCAACCUGAGAUUGGCAGUCAAUCGUCUCAAGCUUCUGGAGAAGAAAAAUACUGAGCUUGCAUUAAAGGCCCGCAAGGAAAUAGCAGAUUACAUUGCUGCUGGCAAAGCUGAAAGAGCUAAAAUUCGAGUCGAACAAAUCAUUAGGGAGGAUUACUUAGUUGAAGCCAUGGAAAUACUUGAAAUGUACUGUGACUUGCUACUUGCCAGAUUUGGACUUGUACAACAAAUGAAAACUUUAGAUGAAGGGUUGUCAGAGGCCAUCUCAAGCCUAAUCUGGGUAGCACCCCGAAUGCUAGCUGAUGUGGCUGAAUUGAAAAUUAUUGCAGAGCAAUUAGGUGUUAAGUACGGUAAACCGUACAGUUUAGCUUGUCGCGAUAAUGCCAUAGGCACCGUUGCUCCAAAACUGAUGCACAAACUCAGUGUACAAGCUCCACCGAAAAUUUUAGUUGAGAAAUACUUGAUUGAAAUCGCCAAAAACUACAACGUUUUCUACGAACCGGAUCCUCAGAUAAUGCGAGAAGCAGCGGCUGCUGAAGAAGCUCUUUUAAUCGAUUUCAACGCGACUGAAGCAGGAAAAAUGGGUGGGGCAGUUGGUUGGGUUCAUCCAGGGCAGCCUGUUGCUGGAGCAGUUGGAGGACCACCUCAAGGCUGGAUGCCACCUCCCCAGGCAGGUUACGCUCCUUAUCCAGGUGGUGCAUACGGACCACCGAUGGGUGUUAUGUCACCACCUCCGCCAUAUGGGUAUCCAUUGCCGCCAAGUUACCAACAAGAAGAAAAACCGCCCUUAGCAUCGGCUCCUCAUCCAGUGACUGAUGAAAAGAAACCAUCGUCGUUUAAUAUCCCACCAAACAAUCUGGGAGGGAACAGCAACUCAUCCUCAAAAGAUAACUCACCUACUGGAAAUAGUAAACCGCUAAACACAAAUUUACAAAUUAACCAGCAUCCGAAACCAAGUCCCCGAACAAAACUGAAUAGUCCACCGUCAGAUAUGGAUCUUCCUGAUCUACCGUCUGUCCCAGAAGAUAAUUUGAAUGGACCUGGCGGGAAAGAUGCAGAUGACGACAUUGAUUUUGACGAUCUUACUCGCCGUUUCGAGGACUUGAAGAAAAAGAAGUGAAUCUUUGUCUUAACCUGCCUGAAAGAUGUUAUUUCUGAGUAUACCGUCAGUCGAUUUCCAAACGACAUUGUAGUUUCUCUAAGGAAAUCGGUUGCCUAAUUAUCUUUAUAUCCUUGCGUUUCCUGAUACAUUAAUCAAUACAAAAUUUCUUACGUCCAA